AGUGUUGGCUGUGGGAAGAGAGAAGCGAAGUCAGUCACCUGGUGGUGAAGGCCAGUAAAACAGCGAAGCAGGAGGAAAAUUUUUCUCUCCCUCUUUCUCUCCCUCUCCGUCUUUUCUCUCCGUAGGAUCCACCUCCUAUUCUCUCAACUCUUUUAGCAUAACCUUCAAAGGAGAACAUUCCCUUCUGACUUUAUUAUCUUCUUUUCCCCACGGAGAGAAUACCUCUCAGCUGCAAGACAUUUUUUAAGUCUAUGCAGGACUUCGGGGAUUCUGUUAUCUUGCCAGGGAAAUUGAUCAUUGCUAAUGUCUGGGACUGGAGCUAGAUUAGCUAACAGAGUAAGCCUGGCGGAGGAAGGCUUUUAUCAUACACUCUUCUCCUCAGUUUGAACACAUUUGCUUGAAAUUUGCCGCAUGAUGCUGACCAGGGAAGCAGCUUUUUUUCUCGGGAUGCAGCAAUUCGCUGGUUUCUAAGCUUAUUGCAGAAGGAGAAAUAAUUUUAGAGUGGAUAUUUUUUUCCUUUUGGCCCCUACUUCAAUCGACUCAGCUGUGUUGCACCGCGGUACAGAUCACCUGUCACUGAAUCUUUGAGGAAGUAAAACAAAGUGAAUUAUCGUUAUUAUUUAUUUAUCUUCCUUAUUUUUAACCCGGUGGAGGCGGCGUGACCACGGAGAAUGAGACUGAGAGGAGCUGCCGGGGCUUGGAGGAGGAUAAAGCUGAGUUUAAGCUGGAAACUAAAAGACUAGAUUGCUUUUGCCUGCGCCUCGCCCGGUUCCUCUCCACUUCGUUUAGUUGCGCUCCAUGGACAGAUCAACGAACCUGGACAUUGAGGAGCUCAAGAUGACCCGAGAACAAUACAUACUAGCAACACAACAUAAUAACCUACCAAGGACAGAAAAUGCACAACUUUACCCAGUGGGAAUUUAUGGAUGGCGAAAGAGGUGCUUAUACUUCUUUGUCCUUCUGCUCUUGGUUACCAUGAUAGUUAACUUGGCCAUGACAAUAUGGAUAUUGAAAGUAAUGAAUUUCACUGUGGAUGGUAUGGGAAAUCUGAGAGUCACCAAGAAGGGAAUCCGACUUGAAGGUAUAUCUGAGUUUCUACUCCCAUUGUAUGUGAAAGAAAUUCAUUCUCGAAAGGAUAGUCCACUGAUCUUACAGUCUGACAGAAAUGUAACAGUGAAUGCAAGAAACCACAUGGGGCAGUUAACUGGACAGCUGACUGUAGGCACUGAAGGAGCUGUAUUUGGGCACUCUGUGGAGACGCCACACAUCAGAGCAGAGCCAUCUCAAGAUCUCAGGCUUGAAUCACCCACCAGAUCCUUGAUCAUGGAAGCUCCUCGUGGGGUCCAGGUGAGUGCUGCUGCAGGAGACUUCAAGGCCACCUGCAGGAAGGAGCUCCAUUUGCAGUCUACAGAAGGGGAGAUAUUUUUAAAUGCAAAGACAAUCCGGCUGGGAAAUCUACCAACCGGCUCCUUCCCAUCUUCUUCACCUAGCUCCUCAAGUUCUCGACAGACAGUGUAUGAACUCUGCGUCUGUCCCAAUGGCAAACUUUACCUUUCUCCAGCAGGAGUAGGUUCCACUUGUCAGUCCAGUAGCAACAUCUGCUUAUGGAGCUGAAGUGACUGAUUUCUCCUCACACCAGAAUAGCCUUUUGUUCCUGUCCGUCUGCUUCACAGUUCUGCUCGGUUUCCCUUGUGAUCAGUCCAGAGCUUCUUUGAAUGGUCCACAGAGCAAUUUCCAAUGUGAGCAGGGAUUCUCCACCACUUUCUCUUGUGAUUUACUAUACUGCUCAACACAGAGAGUGUGAGUGACACAGCAGUGGAAAAAGCGUCAUCAGCAGGAAAACUGGAUCAUGACUUUUGCUCAAAAGGGAGAAUAACAUAGGUGCCUUUGCUACAUGAAGUGAAGCACACAGUUUUAGAUUUUUGCAGGACUUGGAUAUGAACUGCACAUAUAUACAUUACAUAAAUGAAAUUCCCAGUAUCCAAUGGCAAGAUGAAAUGGUUAACCCUGUAAGAAAACUUAUUCUACAGUCUGAAAGCACAAUUUUCCAUUCAUCUUUUUGGAUGUAAACUUUUAUCCCCAACUUUUAGAAUUUUGAAGCAUUCUGUAAUGCUUGCUUUACUAAAAAUUAAAUUCAAUACACGGUUUUUAACAAAACAAAACAAAACAAUACAGAAUCUCUCCCUGAGUUUUCAUUUUGUUUCUUUAAUUUCAGUGUGUUGUUACUCUUUGUCUACUAAGUCUAGAAUUUUGUACAUUAGGUGAUUUUGAAAGCACUCAGCAAUAUAAUCUUUCUCAGAAUUAACAAAAUUCCAUUUUAAUAUCAUUUGUCAAAUCUGGAUGGCCUUAUGUAGUAUUUACAUGGCUACUGCAUGUGAUGUAUUUGUUUUUAACAAAACAUCUAGUUGAUUGCAAUAUAAGGUAGGAUUAAGAAGGACAUGCUGACGGUAUUAAAUGCAUAGAUCAUUUUUUAAAAAUUCACAUGCUAUCCUUUACACCUAGGUUUUAAUAGUAUAAUUUGUCUUUGCUCUAUUCACUUUACAUUAAUUCUGACUGCUAAAAUUCAAACAUCCUCCAAAUAAAUAAUACUAAUUUGAUGUAUAAUGCUGAGAAUAAAUUCACUUCCAUUGGGAGAUCAUCUUCAAAAUUAUUAUCUAUUUAUUUUUUAUUGUAGGCUAAGAUUUAAAGAAGUUAGAACUUAAAAAUUCUUGACUAAACAGUAAAAAUGGCAAAUGCUAAUAAACAUAUUGAAAAGUUUACUACAUUAGAUUCAUACUUUCAGGAACUGAGUCACAUUUCUAUUCAUCUCUUAACAUAUAUUUACUUUUAUUCGAUUGUUAAGCUACUGUGACAUCAAAAAUUGUAGUUCUUUUCAUUCUCCACUGCUUACUUUUACAUAUGACCUCUUAAUAACUUUAGAAUAUUACAGAUUCAUUUAUCACAAUACCCCUUAAUUCAGAUUCUUGAAACUUACAGAAUCAAAGAAUGUAAAACUGUAUUAAGUAUUCCUAUUAUGGGAAGAUGACUUAAUUACUGUUACUGUAAGGUAAGUCCUCAAUUUUCACGUCAGUCAACGUUUUGCUCCCCCAUGCAUACCACCAACCAGCAUGUAGAAACUACAUUUUGGAAAUUAAUGGCUGUAGAGUCUUGGACUUCAGGUCUCUACAGCUCAGAGUGAAUUGGGAAAUUAGAACUUGUUGAAAAACAUGUGGUUAAUGAAAGUAGAAGUAUUGGCAACACAAGAAGAAACGCGAUUAACAUUUUACCAGAAUGAUCUUGUUUGUAUGACCUAGCAUAUCAAAUAACUGAAAAAUCCCAUUUCCAGUGUACUCAGCAGAAGGGUUCAAAGGCUAAUUUGUUAUUUUAAAAUAAAAUUUGACUUGUGUUUGGAUGUUAUAUCUCUUUAAAUCAGUAUUGAAAUAAGAAUUAUACAGUUGCUUACAAAGUUAUCUCAUAACACAGAGUUUAAUUUAUAUUAAAAUUAAGAGAAUUUAAUACAAGAAAUCUCACAUUGGUCUUUGCAAAAUAAAGUAUAACAAGAAAUGUUGAGAAAUUAUGUGUGCUAAUCACUGUAUUAUGGAAUUUUAAGGAAACAUUAUGUAGUAAUUUGAGACAUAUUCAAGUUCUAAUCAUCCUUCUAUUGAAACAAUUAGAAACUUUCUGAUUCAAAUGGGAAUAAUUCUUUUGAUUAGGAACUGGCCCUGUUUCUAAUUUCAGCUGUCUUCUACAUCAACUGAGCUGUUUUAGGCACUUUGGAAAUCUCUCCAGACUUCAGUUUACCCAACUUUACAGCAAAAGUAUUGAAUAGUGUCUUGAGGUUCCUUACUAUUCCAACAUGUUCUAAUUUCAAGUACAUAUAUUACAGAAAGCAAAAGAGAAAACUGAAAAUUUAACUUAUAUGUCAUAAGAGGAGAAAAGAUGGAAAAUUGGGAAAACAAGAUGUAAAAACCAAUUCCAUUGAGGGGGCUGUCAAAUUUUUAAUUCAAAUAUAUUCUGAAAAGUGUAGACACAAUUCAAAAGCAACUUAGAAGCUUGAGAGAUUUAGACUGUAUCCAGAUGAUAUAAAAAUAUGUUUAAUUUAGUAGAAAAAACAGUGAUAGAGAUGGCUUUCCCAUUCAACAUCAAAUAAUUGCUUUAUUUGACUAGCUGUUUCAGAUUUCUGAGUCUAAAAGAAUACCCCUGCCUCCGAGAUCAAGCCUAUAGUGAAGGCUUAGAAGAAUGUCCCCAGAAGUCCUCAAUUUUCACAUUCAAAAAAAAUAAAGGCUUAAAAAAAAUACAGUGAUCCCAUAAUGGCAGACUACCCAAACAGAUUCAUUGUCUGUUUUCCCAGUACCAUCUUAUUGUUACAACAUGUAUAAGUAUAAUGCAGUUUACUUAUGAUAUAAACAUUGUCUUCCCCAAAUGACACUGAGAAAAAUGAGUCCUUUAAUGUGUACUACAUUGACAUGACUCAGUUAUCCUAUUACCCAUAUAUUAAUAACUUCAUACUCAGUUUAGCACAGGAAGGAAGAAAGGAAAGAAGAAAAAGAGGUUGGUAGUAUUGCUAGCAUUUAAGAUUUUGCCAGGAAUGCAUAACUGAGAUGUAUUUGAGUUUAGGUUUGGGGGUCAGAAUGAAAGAUGCAAAGAGGACACAUUAUUCUUUUCUUUUACAGAAUAUUUCAAUUAAAAACUUCAAAAAAGAAACAGCAAGAACAACAAAAACUUCCAAAUUUCCAACUUCCUUUGUUCAACAUUUCCAAAAUUUCUAUCUAGUACUUACUAGUCCUAUAUAAUUGUUUAAAUUGUAAAUGAUAUUCUUUAUAAUUUGGCACAUAAUUAUUUAUCUAAGGGUUUAAGACACUUAUGCACUUCAAAUUUUACUGUAACUUGGGAAUACCUAGAUCACAGUACUUCAAAUCUCAGAAAGUGCAGCCACCAAUUCCAGUUUUAGUUCUGCCCCUACCUAGUCAUGUGAACUUACUUAAGACAUAUAUUUAAUUAUGUUGGUCACAGUUCACUUAUCUGUGAGGGCGUAUAUCAAACUAGACAUUUUCUUUGUUCACUUUGAUUUUUAAAUUUUUCUGAUUUAAGGCAGUACUCGUAAAUCUUAGGUUAAGUAGCCAGCUGAACUAGCAUUUGUAAUUCCUUCUGCACCUUAAAAAGCUGCUUAUAAGUGUUGAAAUACAAAUCCUUUUGGCAACCUACUUCCUAUGCUCAUUUUUAUAUUCCCUUUUUUGCUCUUAACCAUCUGAACAUUAAAGUUCCUUUGGAAAAAUCAUGCUUGGUUCAAAGGAUUUAACAAUAUGGUUGAUGAUAAAAAGGAAAAUAAUGCAUUUGAGUUUGAUUCAAAAUGACUGUUUAGGCAAUUAAUAGAAAUAUUAAACAAAUAUAAGCAUACUGUUGAUCUUUCUAUUAUCUCCUUAAAGCUAAAAAGCAUUAAUCUUUUGAAGAAAUGAUAGUAUAAUCACAGAGAUUAAUUGUUGAAUUGCUUAUGUUAUUCCAUUCAAAAUUCCUACACAUUCUAUCUGAAUGACAACUGAAGAAUGCAUUUUUACAAAAAAUGGCAUUUGAUACAAUAAAACUCCUAAUAUAUCAUUUCACUGCAAAUGGUAUCUAUGUAUGAGGCCCCAAUAGCCUAGAGACUGUCUAAUGAAUUUGAGUGUUAUAUUUCACAGCAAAUAAUGUCAAUAUAAUAUUAAAUUAUGAAAAUCAUUGCAAGUAUUUAGUGGCCAAAUUUUCUAUAAAACCAUCAAAGCCAAAUUCAUAUUUGAGUUUUACAUGAAUGAGAUCUUGUCACCAAAUUCUUCCAGUAGCUGUGGUCUAAUAACAAUUGUUCAUGUGAUCAUAUUUAAUGACAUGGAGAAAUUAUUUUUUCUAUAUACUGGUACAUAUUACGGUAAUGAACACUGUAAAAUAUUAUCACAAAGUAAAGGAAAAUUACAUUUGUACUCAUUUUCAACAAUCAUAAUCAAUAACUUAAUUGAACACUGUUAUUCAUGUUGUUUUAUACUGCAAUGCAUUAGUUAUUUAAAUGUCAAAGACCAAAGACUAGGAGUUCUAUUGUAUUUAACUCUAAAACUCUGCUGCUCCUACUAAUUUAUUCAAAUGAAUGGGGGGUCUUUUAAGUAUAACAUGAGUUAGAAAACAUUCUUCUUGGAGGAUUCUGAGCUGUAGAAAUUAAUGAAUGCUUUUGUUUCAGAAGGAAAACAUCACUAGUGUGGUCUACAUUUCUUUUACACAUGCAUAACAAACUCCUUGAUAUUCAUAAACCCAAUAUAUAAAGAUCAUAUUCCAAAAUGGGCCCAGUAUGGAUUUACUUAGCCAAGUUUAAACUUUCACUGCUUGCUGAACAUUAUUUGAAGAAUAUAAUUAAUUUGAAAUGCUUGUAGAAUCAGAGGGCUAUUUUUUAAGUGUUAACUGAUAUGGGUCUGCUCUUUGAGAAAGCCAAUGGAAAACAUUAAAGGAAAUGAGGUAUAAUGAACUGUGGUUCUUUUUUUUUUUCUUUUCAGUCUUAAUAUCUCAUUUGUUUGAAUAUUUAUAAAUAAAAGCCAAACAGGGUUAAAGAUGGGCAAGGACAUUCAUUAACAAUGGAGAUAUGUAAUUUGGAGUUUGAGUGUCUUGUUAUUUAUACAAUUCUUUAAAUCAGGUCCACUAUUCAUUUAUUUUGUUUUGUACUUUCAUGUAAAUGUUUUCUUGUAUAUAUAGAGAUAUAAAAAAUGGAACUAUUUUCUUACACAUACUAUGCAACAUGUUUGUAAAAUUGCAAUAUUACCAAAAUUACAAAAGCUGUGCUUUUGUACUCUAUCUUGCUUUAUGUAAAAUCACUUUUUCUAUUUAAAUGGACUGUCUGUCCUAUAAACUGUAGAUAACAUAUCUAUUCAAAAAUCAGUCUAUUGUAUCUUUUGUUUAGAUUGAAGUGAAUUGGGGUUUAUUUUGGGGGAGAGAAAAUGCAGCAAAGUUUUGGCAGUUGGAAACCUUUUUUUUCUCUGAAAUGAGACCUAUUGAAGCAUGCAAUGAGCUCAUAUAAUUUACGAUCUCUCCUGUGAUUCUUGUAAUUUGUCCUAAUUUUGGUGCUACUAUGUAAUCAUGAUUAAAUGUGAUAGUCAAAACAAAGAGGAUCAAAUCUUA